UUCUUCAAUGGCGGCCUUCACCGUCCGAACACUCUCGCUCGUUCCGGUACUCCUCCUCCUCGCCGUCGUCUUCACUUUCCCGACGGGCACGGCGUCGAUCUCAACCCGCGAGUACGAGUGGAUGCAGCGCGUGCUCCGCAACCACGGCUACAAUCUGAUCUGCAACGCCAUGGCCACCUCUGACCUCCAGUACGAGCUCCUCACGCUCCCGCCCAACGCCUCCUUCACCGUCUUCGCUCCCACCGACGCCUCCCUCUUCGCGCUCGACAUGAUCCAAACGGCGUCGUAUUACAUCGACACCCUCCGCGUCCACGUCGUCCCUCUCCGCUUCUCUGUCUCCGACCUCCGAUCUAUCUCCUCCGGCUCCAUCCUCCCCACGCUCCUCCCCUACAGAGCUCUCCGCCUCUCCACCGACCCCCUCGCCGUCUCCGGCGUCGACGUCGUUUUGCCCGGCCUUUUCUACUCUCGCCGCGUCGCCGUCCACGGCCUCGGAGGCAUCGUCAGUCUCAGCUCUGUCGUUCCCUACGGUUCUCAUCUUCAGGCCAGUGCUCCCGUGGCAAGCGGCGGCGCCGAUAAGGUCGCGCCCUUGAAAACUGUGUCCAACCGCACAGAUCUCUCUCCGGCGGCCACACCACAGUCUGAAGCCGUGUCGCUCAUGAAUGCUCAUUCCAACGGGACGGCCAGCGCUGAUCUUUCUCCGGUUGUAGCUGAGUCGCCGGUGACCACUGCAUCUCCAUCUCCGCCGACUGGAGUACACGAUAACUCGACGGCUUCCGAAGAUACUCCCUCGGCAUCUCCAGUACCGUCACCGUCGGCCGAUUCAGUACCGGAAAGAGCUAGGGCUUUGUUGAUGGAGAUUUCAGACUGCAAUUCCGACUCCGAGGGUGAUGAAAUUUCCGAGAAAUCGCCGCUGCUGAUGGAAGCGCAAGCGGUUGGUGAGGUGAAGAAAUGUGGAGCGUUGGAUGAGAUGACCAUUGACUGCUUUGUGCCUGAAGACGGGGAUGGACUAGAACAGCUCAGCCUUAAGCGGGUGGUUCGAGCUUUGGUUUAAACGCUGCGUUCCAUCAACUUCUUGGUAAAAUCUUGACUGUACCUGAAGACUUGUGAUGAAUUCUAAUUUCUGUCCAAUUUUUCCAAAUAUGAAUUCUACGUACCUUUGUGUAAUUGUUUGUUUUGGGUCAACGUACAAUAUGAAUAUCUGUACUGUAUGG